AUGAAGCCCGAUUACUUGGGCUUGUCGGCGGUAGGAUGGAGCCGAAUGACCAACACCUGGUGGGAAAAGGUGUUGGCCAUCGGCCUCCUCGCCACAAUUGUUCUCGGUGCUUGCUAUAUAAUUUACUUAAUCGGCAGUAGCAUUGUUCGGCAUUGGCGUGCUCGACACGAACUCUCUGAAGUACCAUCAAAUGUUACACGUUAUAUUGAAAAACUAAAGACAGAGACACAAACAUUAUACACUCCCGAAUCCGAUCGAAAGGAACCCAAAACAUUCGGUGUUUACCUUGGAAGCUUCGCCAACCCACCUACAAAGGAUCAAGCUAGCAUCUUAACUCAAUGGGAUGUUACCGUUUUGGAUCCGCUGCAAAGCGGUGUUUUGGAAGCCGUCGCCGAUGGCUGCUCUGCCACCCACAUUCUCGCCCGCCUCGAUGUCCGCAAACUGGUCGCAACCGACAGUGGAUCGCACCGUGAUGAAGUGAUUCGCGCAAUUCACGUCCUGAACGAGACCUUGAAUUCCCUCAAGCGUCCCCAGGAUGUGCAGGCUCAGUUCAGCGGUGUUCUCCUUGCCGACUGCCACGCUCAUCUCCAACCCGUUGUCUUGAACGAGGUCGUCAAAUUUGUGAACAGUCUUGGUCUGGAUGUUUGGAUGGAGUUCGGCCCUAUCGAAUACCUUGGUGAAAAGCAAUGCCGUGAAAUCGACUGGACGCCCAUCCGAGGUGUUGUCUACCGCAAUGGAACGAUUCGAACUGAUGGUGACCGCUGCAACUUCUGGCACAUGGAGAAGAUGCGAACUGUCAUGCGAAUUGUCGCAGCCCAGAAGCCCAUUGGUGAUUCUACUCUUGCCAUGUGGGAUACUGUGGACGAUGGUGUUCAGAUUAAGCACGAUGUUCUGCACCGCAGCUUCAAGUGGUGCAACUACAACAGCGCCAUGAGCUGGAUUGCCCCCAAGGCUGCUCUCACCGAUGCCACCAUUGCCGCCGCUACGACUGUCUUCAACGAGCCCAUUGGUGCCUUGAUGUGGAUGAAGAACGAUCAGACCCUGGAGGCCCACGAAGUUUGGCGCCAAAAUGAGGAAAUCACCACCUUGCCUUCUGGAAAUUCCGAGAUUUACGACACUCUUGAAUCUUUCGUGCCCGACCUCAAGAACAAACUCGCCUUGUUUGCUCCUCGCUCCGAAUCCGCCGCCAGUGAUCAGCAGAUGGUUUCAAUUGAUGAACUUCAAUUGGCCGCCCCGAACGAGCCUCACAUGACCAACCCCUUCUCAAUCUCUCCCGAUGGUGAAGACUACACUGGACUGGGAUGUUUCCAGAUGGGUCUCGAUCUCACCGCAAAGGAUAUUAACGAUCUCCUCCAGGGUCAACGCCAGGUCCGCGAUCUCAAGCUGCUGGAUCCCAUCAAGCCUGCGGCUCUCCGCAAAAUGGCCGAUGAGCUUCGUGUUCUGCAAGAUUUCGGUGGAGAGGGAUCCCAGGUCGCCGGAGAGCUGAAGGAUCUUCUCGUCACUUGUGAUGGUACCGACAACGACCGCAUUCGCCUUUACUCUGGAUUGCACUCUGGUUUCCGCACUCGCAUGGAGACCCAGGUUUGGGGUAUGUACGACAAGACCCCCGGUUUUGGUCCCCUCGACAUUUACCUUUCCGGUAAGUGUGAGGUCGGCCGCACCGGUGCUAUUCUGCACACCUACAUGUCCAGCCGAGGAUACUCUCGUUUCCAGUGUUUCAUGGCCGAGAUCGCUUUGGCUACCGCCAAUGGUGAUCUCUCUACCAAGUGGACCAGCCUCUCUCCCCGUAUCAUCAGCGACAUUCAGCAGCUUACUCCUACCGAGGCUUUGCUUUGGUUGCGACGUCUGUCUACCACCCUGAGCAAGGAGUGCGCGCACUUGACUGCCAAUGUUCGCUCUUGCACCGAGCACCAGCUCAUCAAGGUUCCUACUCUUGGUCAGAUUCGCGCUCUUGGCUCCAGUGAAUACUUGAGCGGUCGAUCCACUGCCGAUGAUGUGGUCAAUGCUCGUUUGGCUUACUACCGGGACCAAGGCUGCUGGGCUCCUGAUGCUACUGCUGCCAAGGAUCUUUUCUUGGAGAUUGAUGCUCGUUUGCCUGAAAUUCUGAUGGGACGCGACUCUCGCACUCUCGAACAGCUCGCUGAGGUUAUGCAAAACGUUCUCCAGAAGGGUUCGAUCGAUGCUGGUGUUGACAUUCUCGCAACUGCCGUCUUCUGUGCCUUCCGCCGUAUCUCUCUUGACGAAAUCUACCUCGAGGUUCUUGACCGUAACCCUCUGCCCAACAUUCACACCGUUCAGGUUGCUUGUUUUGCUGAGAUGUACGCUCUCGGUGCUCGUUGUGAGAUGUUCUUGGAUAUGACUGCCAUGAAGCUGGGCAAGAUCAUUUCAGCUCGGUACCGCGAAUACUGCAAGACUCACCAGCCCACUCGUCGUUCUGAUACCUUCACUGAAAUCCCGACCGCCUACGCUUCCAUGGACAUUGAUCUGAACCCCGAGGGUGACAAGAUUGUCGUUCCUUGGUACUACCGCAUUACGUUCCUUGGUAUCUUCGCUCUCCCAGCCCUCGUUGAUAUUACCAUGUUGACCACCGUCGGUCGUGGUUUGUACUUGACUACUUUCAUGAGUGACAUUGACAAGACUUUGGCUACCACCGCACUUAUGGUCGCAUUGUUGAUUUGUGGUGGAUUUGGUAGUUGGAUUACUUCCGGUGGAACAUACUACCUGUACGCGAUGGCUUUCCCUGCAAUGGGCAUGUUCAUCAUGACUCGUCUCAUCGCUGGUCUCGCUGUCGUCUUCGUUGGUGGCAUCAUUGCGAUGAUCGUCAUUGGCUGCAUUCACGGCUUCGCGGCAGGUAUCCUGUUCUUCCUCUACUUUUUCUUCCUAUCCACAUACCUCAUGCUCCUGUCGGUGCUGUCCAUCUACCAGCUACCUGGAUUCCACUUCCAGUCUGGUCGUACAGUCAUCAUCAGCUGUGUUCCGAUCCUGUUCAUCUCGCCCCUCGUUACACUCUGGGUGGGACAUGAUUCGGUCAUCUACCUGUGUGUUGUUGGUUGCUUCGUCACUUCCCUCCUUCUCGGAGCUCGCCGAGUCAUUUCCAUGUGGAACCACUGGUACCUGUCUAUUCCCACUACCACUGACGGUGAAGUGUACGACUGGUAUGUCAAGACGCUGAACAACCCUAGCCCGGCUUUGCUCAAGCAAAUCUCCUGCACCUCCAUUGCUCGCCAAACUCUCUUCGAGGCCGUGGAGAAGGAGACAAAGCGUUCACCCUGGACAAAGGCCACAACCGAUCCUUACGUUCGCAAAAUGGCCGAGGGUUACGACUCUACUUUCUUCCUGCUUGUCUGGUACUGCCGGUACUCGCGUACUGAGAUUCCCCUUGCAUUCAGUCCCACGUGGAACUUGCAGUUGAAGGCGGCUGUUGAUACCAUUGCUGAUAUGCAGAAGGGUAUCCGCAUGCACAAUGCUUUCCUUCACUGGCGUCACACCGGUGCUGAUGUCUGGUGUGGUAUUCUCUACUUCGUCAUUGCUUUGAUCGAUAAAUGGACUGCCCUGCUCACUGGUGAGGCUCUUGUUGGUCUUUCCACUGCAUCCAGCUCCGAGUACCGUCUGUCUGUUGGAUUCGGUUUGGGAUACUACCUGACUGGUGCACUUUUCCUAGAUGCUGUCUCCCAGCCCCUUUGGAUUGCUGUGACCAAGCGAAACGGUUCUCCUAUCGGCUCAUUGGACGGCUUGCGCAAAGUUCUCGAUGUCAACCAGAAGGAUAGACAGGCGCUGUACUGGGGUAACCUGACCAAGUUCUUCUUCCUCCACAUUUGGGGUGCAGCCAUCUCCGUGGCGCUCAUGUGGGCCUUUGAGGAUAAGCGAACUUCCACUAUCAUGUACCUUGCCUACCUUGGUGCCUACAGUGGUCUUCUGUUCUACCAAUACAACCGUAUCUUCACUGGUUCCGAGGCAGCUCGCUGUCUCGCCCUCGGAUCGCUUGUCGGUUUCCUCACUGGUCUGAUCCUGCACAUCACUCUUCCUCCAUUCACAUGGAGCAGUGUCAUCGGUCUCGCAUCUGGUACAUGGACAGCUGCUAUCUACUCGAUGUUCAUGGCGAACAUUGGUCUGCCCACCUGGAAGAAGUCUCUGAUCCCCAAGCCUGUGGAGGGCGGAGUCCCCGCUACCUACACUUGCAGUUCUCUUGAGCCCUACCUGGAUAUUUCUCAGACCACCAUGGCAGCCACCUUCGACAACAUCAGCUCCUUGGAUGACGAGCUUCGUUACCGCCUGGAUGCGGCUACUCACCCCGGUUCCGAAGUCAAGAAGAACAUCUUGGCUGGUGCUGGAUGGAGAAGCUCGCUUCUUGUGCAGGCUGCAUUCCCCGAUGCCGACCGCCUUGUUCACGAGGUUGUUCGUCUCUGGGAAACCGGUCAGACCAUUGUUGAGUUUGUCUCCUCCGAGCACCUUCUCCAGAAGGAGCAGCGUAUCCGUUCCAUUGCUCGUUUGACUGGCAACCAGCUCCGCAUCUUUGUCGUUGUUGGACCUGGCCUUGGAGGACAAGACUGGACUAGCAACAUUCGCCGCAACUGCCAGACUAUCGCCGAAGCUGUUGUCCAGGCUACCACUGAAGCCAGAUUGGGUCUUUCUCACGAUCACUCGAUGAUGUCCGAGCUGUUGGUUAUGGAGCACCGCGAUCCAUUUGAGCUGUCCAUUCCCGAAGGUGUCAAGUACCAGUUGGAGCGCAACCCGACCGAGUGUGCCCGUGUCGUCAACCACGGUCGCGUUACUUUCCUCCGCCACCUUCUCUUCGGUAUUGACGCUGAUCUCGAGUGGGAUAACCUCCCCGAGAGUGCCCGGUCCCUUUUGGUUCGCCGUUGCUCUGGACGCCCUGGUCACAUUGCGGCUGAUGAGCUGAACUGGCUCCAGGAAAGAGCCAACGCUGGUGAUCUCCAGGCUGUCUGCACUUACAUCGCCCGCUACAAUGUUGGUGUUGGCAUGUCUCUCUCUGUCAACUUCUUUGCCCAGCGCUGGAUGGAGGCUGAUACCUACCCGGAUUACCCCAUGCUCAUGGAUAAGACUUACGAGAAGCCCGUGGAGAGUCUCUUGCCUCCUCCUAUUGGCGCCAACUUGCCUUUCCGCGAGUUGGUCAACCUCUUUGUCAGUCGCAUGUUCCACAGCCUCAAUACAAUCGUCAAGUUCACUUUGAUUUGUCUUGUGGCCGAUCCUGAGUACCAGCGUGAGCUCAACUACGUUCUCCGUGGACAGCCAAUCAUCUUCGCCUACCCCAUCAGCAUCCUGCUCAACACUCUUUGGUCAUUCUGCAAGCUUCUUCAGAGAAUCCUCAUCCCUCUUGUCCUUGUUCACGGCCGUGAGAACGUCUCUGAGCUGUAUAAGGCGACUGGUGGCUGGAAGACUACCAUCGAGAAGGACCGCAUCGUUAUCGAGAGCCUUACUGGACCCAUGACCUGCUUCUACCGGCCUUUGCCCGAUCGCACUGCUCGUCUUUACCAAUACUCUGGUAACCACGCCCAGGAGCCUGAGGACCAAUCAAAGCUCGUUGCCAUCAACACCUACUCUGACAAGACUAUUCUGCGCCGUCGCGAGGAGUACAAGGACAAGCAGGUCAUCAACGAUUUCACUUACGAGUACGCCGAUGCCGGUGCCAAGAAGCUUCCCAUUCAGCGAAACUGUACUGCUGGUGAAAACAGUGGCCAAGUCAUUCAAUAUGAUAACCGUGGUUACAUUGUCUCCGGAUCUGCCAUGCAAGGUGUUAACCCCGUCAAGUUCCAGUACCAGUUCCGCAAGGAUGCCAAGUUCGAUGACGAGCUCCUGAGUGGUGAAUACAUCUUCCCUCACAUCCGAAUCAACGUCACCUGGUGCAUGCCUCCUCCCCACCGACCUGAGCGCCUGAACAAGUGGAUUCCUUACCCUCGUGUCAGCGAGGCCUCGUUCAUCCAGGGAUCUGAUGUUCACUACGCCAAGUGGACUUACGACCACAAGUUCCACCCGACUAUCGCUACUACGCUCAAUGGUGAAGAGGUUACCACUCCGGUCAUGAUCCGUGAUGAUUGGUUCCACGUUUUGGAGAAGCCUACUAAGAGUAGUUUCCUGCACGACAACCCGCUGUUCUUCUUCAAGUCGUUCCAGUCGAACUUCUUGACUCGUCUGCUCCGCUUGAACGUCCAGUCUCGUCCCAUCCCCACCUCGCGCUCUCGUACUCACCUGUGGAAGUCCUGGAAGAACAGCAAGAAGUUCGAUGCUGUGACCACCGUUUUCCUUGAUGAAGUUCUCCUACGUUCCGACCGUGUCCUUGCUCCUUACUGGCGCAACCGUGACUUCGGUCGUCUUGAGGCUGCUGGUGACUAUAUCGAUGCACAGGCUGAUACCAUUCUCGCUCGUGUUGAUAUUGAUCCCGAUAUCAGCUCUUGGACUCCUAUGGCAUUCAAGAUCAGCGAUCUGUCCAGUUUCGGACAGGGAGGUGAUUCCAGAAUCAACACCCGCACACUGUCCACCCAACUCCAGGAUACCGACACCCAGCUCCACGUUCUCGCCAUGGAUACCGCUACUUGGCCCAACGAACCAGGUGGUGUUUCUGCUUGUCGUCGCGACAUGAUCAACGACCUUAACGGUAUCAGAUGGCACAUUCUUUCUGAGAAUGCCAACGAUUACGGUGUGCCGAAGUUCCAGAUCGAGAGGAAUGUCCAGUCUUUGACUAUUCUUCCUCAAUGGGGUCUGGAUUUCCUCAACCCUACUCACGGUGUUUUCCAGAACUGCCUCGAUUCCGCUGUCGUUGAACGCGCCCAGGAUACUCGCGUCAAUGAUAUUGAGAAGCACUUCAUCCCGAUCCUGACCAAGCUUGUUCGUUGCGCUCGCACGAUCAGCUUGACUCGUCAGCACAUUGAAGAGGCCACCAAUGCCCUUGUUGAUUUGAACACCUACUUUGAGCACGGUCGCAGCUGGAACGAUGUUUGGAUGAGUGAUACUGUCAAGAUGGUUUGGCGCCAACUUUGGUUGUCUGAUGAUGUUGAUGACGCUGUCCCGGCUUCCCAGUGGUGGGAUGCUGAGCUCCCGUCUUUGCAGCAGCUCGAUAAUGCUUUGGACAUGUGGCAUCGCUACUUGUUCAUCUUCUCCAUUCCGGUCCCCGAGAGAAUUCCCGAUGUCUUCCAGGUCUCCCACCACUUCACUGGCGCCACCUACGGUGUCCUGUGCAAGGCUAAGCGCAAGUGUGCCCUCCACGUCUGGGAUCACUGUAUCAGUUUCCGUGAGAUGACUGUCUUCUGUUCCGCUGCCGUGUCUUUCGAUUCGACCUUCGUCAACAGCACUCUCAUCGCCCUUGGUCACCUGUCUUGUGUUCUUGUCGAGCACCACGCUGAUGUGGUUCUUCCUUGCGCCGAGUACUUCAACCCCGGUUGGGAGCGAGAACUCGGAACUGCCGAGGGUGCCCUCCAGCACCGUCGCACUUUCGCCCGCAAGAUCGACCCUGUCGUCAACGGUAUCACAAACAUGGAGAAGUACAAGCCUAUCGAGAAGAUCAAGACCAAGACACCCACUUGUGUCAUGUUGUCUCACGUCCGUUACGUCAAGGAUAUCAAGACCGCCAUCAUGGCCACCGAUCUCAUCGUCAACAAGUGGGGAUUCCGCGACUACCAGCUGCACAUCUACGGAGAUAUGGAGCGCGCUCCUGCCAUCGCCUCUCAAUGUCAAGAAGUCAUCGCCUCCAAGGGUCUCCGCGAGCACGUCAUUCUCAAGGGUCUCGGUAACCCAUCGGUUGUCCUUCAGGAUGCUUGGUUGUUCAUGAACUCUUCCAUCUCCGAGGGUCUCCCGCUUGCCAUGGGUGAAGCCGCCUUGACCGGUGUCCCCGUCGUCUGCACAGACGUCGGCGCCUCCUUCUGUGUGGUCACCGACCGCGCAACCGGCAAGCGAUUCUCCGAGGUCGUGGCUCCUAACGAUUACGACUCUCUUGCGCGCGCUCAGAUCCGUGUCAUGGCUCUCCUGGACCAAUGGGCUCCCUUCGCCGAGGACAAGGAGGGCGAUCUCGUCCCCAAGCUGGAAUUCCACCCCACCCCCGAAGAAAUCCAGGCUAUCUCCGACCGCAUGUAUGCCAAGCAGGAUCAGCGUCGUGCCCUUGGAAUGAAGGGUCGCGAUAACGUGCUGAACUCCUUCUCCAGUCAUCGUUACCUGCGCGAGCACGAGCAGAUGCUUUGGCUCGGCAAGUACCAGAGUCAUAGCUACAUUGCUCGUACUGCGGUUUCGUCUGGUGCUUCCAGUGGUCUCUUUGUUAAGGAGAAGAAGCAUGCUUCUUACCGCGCUUCCUACCUCUCGAGUACUCCUACACUCCCUCGGACUCCGGAUUCGUCGUAUCACCCCGCUCCUCCCAGGGCUUGGAGGUCGUUGCGCGAUUACCGGCAGUCUGGGUCAUCCGGCACUCAAACGCCUGUCUCUCUCGCAUAA